UUACAACAGAGGCCAGGACUUCCCCAUUGGUCAACGUUGGGCUAGCGGUAGCUCCUAUUGGUCCAGUCUGCGUCUCAACGCGUGGCCUUCUGGGAGUUGUAGUCUCGACGUCCCUGGCGCUGCCGCCAUUGUCCAGCGGGAGGCUGGUAGGGUGGUCCCUACGACGGGGCUGCGCUUUAGAUUAGGGGUUGCCUCGGACGUCUGUUGCGGACCUGUUCGCCCGGGAUGGAUCUGCAGAACCAAGCGACAACAGUGGCGAUGGCCUCGCGGCCGCAUGCAACACAACUUAAGGAGCCAGUGACUUUCCGAGAUGUGGCUGUGAACUUUACCCAAGAGGAGUGGGGACAGUUGGACCCUACCCAGAGGACUCUGUAUCGGGAUGUGAUGCUGGAGACCUUUGGACACCUUCUCUCUGUGGGUCCUGAUCUUCCCAAACCUGCAGUUAUCUCCCAGCUGGAGCAAGGUGCUGAGCUCUGGGUGACAGAGAAGGGAGGCACCCAGGCCUGCCAUCCAGAUUGGAUUCUUGGACCUAAAGACCACACAUCAUUCAAGGAGCAGGGCCACCCUGAGAAGGAACCAUCCCCCAUUACAGAAAGGGAUGGAUUCAAAAGGGCUAUUUCUUGUUAUUCCAUGACAGGGAUAGAUUGGAAAAGUGAUUACCAGAGGCAGCCACUCAAGAAGAACCAGAGUAACUUAGGGCAAUUGGAAGGUCCCAAAGAAAUACCAACUCAGAGUGAGAGCUAUGGAAGUCUUCGACUUAAGGAGACCUGUGUUCUUAGCGUAAGCACAGAUCUAUUACCAAAUAUUUCUAGAACGGAACAUGGCUUUACUGAUGGCUCACAAGUUCAAAACUCAGAACAUAACCCAAGCUUGGUUAGUCAACCUACAGACUCUCCAGCAACACAGCCCUUUGAUGACAGUAGCUGUCAAAAAAACUUUGAUCAGACUAUGCCCAUUACAGAACUCACAAAAAUUCAGGUACAAGAUAAACCCUAUAAAUGCACUGAUUGUGGGAAGUCAUUUAACCAUAAUGCACACCUGACAGUGCACAAGAGAAUUCAUACAGGAGAGAGACCGUAUAUGUGCAAAGAAUGUGGGAAAGCCUUCAGCCAAAAUUCCUCCCUUGUUCAACAUGAGCGAAUCCACACUGGAGACAAGCCCUAUAAAUGUGAUGAAUGUGGCAAAUCUUUUUGCCACAGUACACACCUCACAGUCCAUAGGAGAAUUCAUACUGGAGAGAAACCUUAUGAGUGUCAGGACUGCGGGAGAGCCUUCAAUCAGAAUUCAUCCCUAGGACGACACAAGAGGACACACACUGGGGAGAAGCCAUACACCUGUAGCGUAUGUGGGAAAUCCUUCUCUAGGACCACUUGCCUCUUCUUGCAUCUGCGGACUCACACUGAGGAGAGGCCGUAUGAGUGUAAUCAUUGUGGGAAGGGCUUCAGGCACAGUUCCUCCCUGGCCCAGCAUCAGCGGAAGCAUGCUGGUGAGAAACCCUAUGAGUGCCAACAGAGGCUGAUCUUUGAGCAGACAUCAGCUUUAACAAAGCAUGAGUGGACAGAAACCCUCAACUGUAACCCACCUUUAAGUCAAGAAGAAAGGACUCAACGGAGUGAUAGACCCUUUAAAUGUAAUCAGUGUGGAAAAUGUUUCAUUCAAAGUUCUCACCUCAUCCGACAUCAGAUAACUCACAACAGAGAGGAAGAACCACAUAGACGAAGCCGAAGACGUGAACAGCCCUGUGGACGAGGCUCAAAGCUCAUUCAGAAUCCACACUUAAAUUCAAGAGAAAUCCCCAUGGCCCAGGCAAGGGCAGGACAAGCAAGCAGGGCACUGGCCUUGUUUGACCUUCAUGAAAUCAUACAGGAGAAAAACCCUGUGCAUGUUAUUGGGGUAGAAGAACCUUCAAUGGGCAACUCUUUGUUAUUUGACAUCAGAGAAUCUACAUAGGAAGGAAAUGAGAUAACUC